AUGGCAGAGCCCGCUGACUUAUCUGUGCUUAACCCACACCCAACACGAUUGGCUGGUCCAGAUCUCCUCCAUCGUCUAAUCAGGGAGUCGAGCGACUCAAUAGCUCUGGACUACCUAGGAGGAAAUAGGCGCCUAUCGUUGUCUUAUCGCCAACUUCAUGAUGCGGCGGAUGCCCUUGCAAGCCGCAUAUGUCGUGCUGUUGGAGAGGUCAAAGAUCAGUUUGUGGUUCCAGUCCUGGUUCACCAGUCGCCUCAGCUAUACAUAGCCCUAUUGGCUAUUCUCAAAGCUGGAGGCGCAUUUUGCCCCAUCAAUGUCGAUGCUCCUCCAGAUCGGGUCAACUUCAUUCUCGGCGAUGUUGCCGCGACUGUUGUCGUGGCGGCCAAGGAGCUCGCCUCCAAUGUAUCUUUACAGAGCACCGUAAACGUGCUCUUAGUUGAUGAAGAAGAGGAAGGGCCUUAUUUAGAUGCGGACUCUGUGAGUCGGCGUGUCCCAAGCACAAAGGACUUGGCAUAUGUCAUGUAUACUUCUGGUUCGACCGGCGUGCCAAAGGGUGUUGGCAUAUCGCAUUCUGCAGUAACACAGGCAUUGCUAGCCCAUGAUCAGCAUGUGCCUGAAUUCUCUCGCUUUCUUCAAUUUGCCGCGCCCACCUUUGAUGUCUCGGUGUUUGAGAUAUUCUUUCCCCUAUUUCGGGGGAGUACAUUGAUCAGCGUCGACCGAAAGGAGAUGCUGAACGAUCUCCCGGCAGCCAUCUCAGAAAUGAAUGUGGAUGCUUGCGAGCUGACGCCAACCGUUGCGGCCAGUCUUUUGCGGACGAGAGAUAAUGUCCCAGCAUUACGGCUGCUAUUGACAAUUGGAGAGAUGCUCAAUGAGCCUGUAAUACGAGAAUUCGGCGGAAACGAGGAUAGAAAGAGUCUUCUAUGGGCCAUGUACGGGCCAACGGAAGCCACCAUCCACUGCACUGUACAAGAAGCAUUUACCUGUACAUCGUCAAUAAAGAACAUUGGUAUCCCACUGUCCACAGUAUCAUGCUUUAUAGUCGAGCCUGCAGAAUCUGCAGACACGAGCGGAAAUGUCAAAAUCUUGCCCAGAGGAGAGAUUGGCGAAUUAGCAGUUGGUGGACAUCAGCUCGCCGAUGGAUAUCUAAAUCGACAAGAACAGACCGCUUCCUCUUUUAUAUCUUCGCCAUACGGCCGAAUUUACAGGACUGGAGAUAAAGCGCGAAUUGUCAGUGACGGAACAAUAGAAAUCUAUGGGCGCUUAUCCGAAGGCCAGGUAAAGCUUCGAGGUCAGCGACUCGAGUUGGGUGAAGUACAAUCUGCUGUGCUGAAAACCCCUGGCUGUCAUUUGGCCGUUGCAGCAGUGGUUGACUCCAUUUUGAUUGUCUUCUGCGUUGUGGAUGUUGGUGUAACGGAAGAGUUGAUAAUGGAGCAUUGUCGGAGUUGGCUCCCACAAUUUAUGAUACCGGGAGAACUGGUACUAAUGGAUGAAUUCCCUCGACUGCCGAGUGGUAAAGUUGACACGAAGAAGCUGAAAGCGGAUUUUGCUCAACAGAGAGCGGCGGCCAUGACAGAUAAUGACUCUACAAUCCUCUUAUCUGAUACAGAACAGGCGGUUAUGGGCAUCCUGUCAACCACUUUGGGCAACGAAAUAAGCCCUAGUAUGACUCUGGCUUCGGUAGGCGUAGACUCUUUGGCUGCAAUCAAAUUGGCAUCGUCGCUUCGGUCAGCCGGAUAUGAUGCAGUCGUGGCAGAACUGCUGAGCAUGCAGACAAUAGCACAACUUUGUUCCAGACUACGCCCUUCAUCACGCUCCUCUGAUAGCGAGCCCGACUUGGUUGAUAUCCAUUUGAUGGGUAGCUUGAGCUCGAUCGCCGGGAGCAAUACUGGCGUACAGGAGAGCCUUGAGCUUGUGCAAGAUGUGCUUCUGUGCAGUCCGCUCCAAGAGGCCAUGUUGUCAGAGACAGCACGGCGUCCGGAAGCUUAUUGGAAUGAGAUUGAGCUGGAAGUGAAUCCUGGAAUUACUACAGCAGCAAUAGAAGAAGCCAUUCAUCUGCUGGUGCAGCAAACAGAUGUUUUACGAUUAGGAUUUGUUGGCUGGCAAGGAAGUUUUGUAUCGCUACUAUUUGGGUCUUUGCGGCCCGGCCAGACACAAAUUGUCGAAGAAUUUCAUCGGCCAGAGAUAUUUCGAGACGAAGCACUCCUUCGCCCACUUCGAAUACAGAUUCGGCCGGCUCGGUCUGAUGAGGGACUGCGUAUUUUGAUUUAUAUCCAUCAUGCUAUUUACGAUGGCUGGUCAAUGGACAUUAUACUUUCAGACUUAUCCAAUCUCUUGUGCGAAAAACCUCUGUUUCGCCGACCGCAGUUUUCAAGCCUCCUCAAUUAUAUGCACAAUGUUCCAAGAAGCCAGCUAGACGCUGCUAGAUCAUUUUGGGCCGAAUAUCUCAUUGAUCUGAAUAAGCCUAGCCGUCCAAAAUUGGGCUCUGGACCGGCUGAGUUUGAUGAGAUAUUAUCUAUCAAGGAGCAGAUUGAUCUCUCCCCCAACGUGGCUAGGGACGCCUUUGUAAAGGCGGGAUAUGGCGCACAGGUGUAUUUCCAAGCGGCUCUUGCAAUCGUGUGGGGAAGUAUUGCAGGCACGUCAGAUGUUCUACUGGGCUCAGUUACAUCUGGGAGGACAGUUCCUGUCAAAAAUAUCGAAGAAAUUGUUGGGCCAAGCAUAGCAUCGCUCCCUCUACGCGUGAAAAUAGAUCCUUCAACUACAAUAUCUGGCGUUUUGAGGGAUAUCAACGAGGGCAAUCACAAGAUCAUGGAGCAUUGCAUAUUGUCAUUAUCAGAGAUUAAGAAGCUUUCUAGGCUGCAGGCGGCUGAAAGCUUAUACGACGUGCUGUUCGUUUACCAAGAAUCACUCUACACAAAGAAUCGCAAAGAGGCUAUUAUCAGAGAAACCCGACAUCUAGACCGACUGGAAACUAGGUUGCUGCUGGAGGUUGAACCAAAUGAUUCUGGAUUUUCAAUACAAGCUACGCACCACACUGAUGCCAUUCCAUCCGAUGUCGUGGAAACAUUGGUCAAGCAAAUUACAGCGGUUGUUCAGCACAUAAUGCAGCAUCCUGAUGGGUUAAUCAGUGAAUUGAAAGAAGCUACAAGUACUGAGCCGUCUGUUGCAAAUACAGACCCUGAAAAGCUACAAGAAGAGACAGAUCUAGCUUUGUUAUUCGAGGCUGCAGCUGCAAGGACUCCCAACGCAGAUGCCGUCUGUUUCAGCAGGUCAUUUCCGUCAUCUGGGGAAACUCUGUCAUAUGAGACUUUGAAUCAACUUUCCAAUCAAUUCGCUCGCUACUUACUCGAGGAAGGCGCGGAACCAGGCCAAGUGGUUGGAAUUAUCAUGCAGAAAUCACCUCUUCUGUAUUCUUCAAUUUUGGGCAUCGUCAAGGCCAGGUGUGCGUAUCUGCCUCUCUUACCAUCCACGCCAAUCGAGAGAGUAAAGGAGAUUUUUCAAACUGGAGGCAUAAGGCACUGCGUUGUAGAUGAAGAGUCGCUGAACAAGUUUUAUGACGCAGUCGAUGUUCAUUAUUUGGACUUUGAGUCAGACCCAUUGCAGAAUUUCUCGACUCACAAUCUGGACAUAGAUCCAAACCCUUCUAGGCUGGCCUAUGUGAUUUAUACCUCAGGAACCACAGGUGUGCCCAAGGGAGUAGCUGUCAGCCAGAAGAAUAUUGUCAGCAAUGUCACGUAUCUUGCAUCUAUAUAUCCUGCCGCGCAAAGGAAUCCUUCCCGGCUACUGCAAGCUUGCUCGCAAGCAUUUGAUGUCUCGGUAUUCGAGAUAUUCUUUGCUUGGCACGCUGGCAUGUGUCUCUGCGCUGCUGCUAACGACGAUUUGUUUGAAGACUUGGAGCAUUCGAUUCGGCAGUUCCAGAUUACGCAUUUGAGCCUGACGCCGACAGUGGCAUCGCUGAUCGACCCGAGGAAUGUACCUGAUGUAGAGUUUCUUGUUACAGCAGGAGAGCCCAUGACUCAAUCAGUUCUCGAUACGUGGGGAGAGCUACUUUGGCAAGGAUACGGACCAUCAGAGACAACAAACAUUUGCAGUGUUAAAAGGAUGAAGCGCGGUGAAUAUAUUGAACACUUGGGCUGGUGUUUUCCUAACACAUCAGUGUUUGUGCUUUAUCCAGACAGCCUCUCAACAGUUCCAAUUGGCUGGAUCGGAGAGUUUUGCUUUGGUGGAGAACAAGUGGCUGAUGGGUAUCUCAAUAUGCCGAAUCUGACUACAGAAAGGUUCAUCAAGCAUCCUGAAUAUGGCCUUAUUUAUCGUUCUGGCGACAUGGGAAGAAUGCUUCCGGACAAAUCACUCAUCAUACUGGGCCGAAUCGAUGACCAGCUCAAACUGAGGGGUCAAAGAAUUGAGGCUAGCGAAGUCAACAGCGUGAUUACUCUGAACUCAUCUGUCCACGCUGCGGUGACUUUGAUAUUAAAGAGAGAAGUAGGAGCAGCGGAUCAACUUGUCUCGUUCUAUACUACUUCGCAUAAGACUGGCGAGGAAGCAUGUGAAGCCUUGAAGCCUGAUACCGAGACUCAUCGCUCUUUAUUUUCCGCCCUGCUAUCAAAACUAUCGUCUUAUAUGGUACCUUCAUACAUUAUACCCAUCUCUCGCAUACCACUCACGUCUAGCGGAAAAGUCGAUCGACGAAAACUGCAGUCUUGCUUCAAUAACCUCUCUCAGGAGUACCUUGAGAGGGUUUCCAGUACCAUGGUGGCUGAAGAUGAUGCCGAAUGGAGCAAGACGGAAACCUUGAUAGCAAACGUUAUCGCUCAAUCUUUGGGAAUGUCCAGAGUUGACAUUGGUCGAUGGACGCCGUUUGUGACAAUUGGACUAGACUCUAUAUCUGCAAUAGGCGUAUCUCGCGCCUUCAACUCCCAGCUAGAUCGCCGGGUUCCUAUUUCGGCAAUUUUGCAGAACCCGUCUAUUGCGCAGCUUGCUCGCUUUCUCGAGGAGAGACCAGAGACAGGUCAUUCAACGAAGCAAGUGAAGUUCUUCUCCGAUACUUUCGUAGAAGAGGUUCACAAAGCUUUUCAGCAAGAGCCAUAUUCUAUUGCUGAAGUGCUACCGUGUUCUCCUCUUCAAGAAGCAAUGCUGGCUCAAGGGCAGGGCAGCUAUUACAAUAGAACUCUUCUUCGGCUCCAUGGCCCUGUGGAUGAGAUGAGAGGGUAUUGGAAUGAGAUGACAAACCGGCACAGCAUCUUCAGAACGUGCUUCAUUACCACUGAUAACGUCAAAUUUCCGAUCGCCCAGGUGGUUUUGGAUAAUUGGGUUGUUCAGUGGAAGGAUUUCAGCGCUGAUGAAUCUUCUCUCCACGAGACUGUUCAAGAACACUUGACUGGCCUUCCCGAUCCCUUGGAUACUAAGAUGCCGCCGUUAUCAUUUGCUAUUAUCCAGCAACAGCAAUCGGCAUACCUAUCUUUCAUAUGCCACCACGCGCUCUACGAUGGCGUGGCGAUGGAAAACCUUUGGAGAGAGGUGGAGUCUUUAGCGCAUGGAAAAACACUGCCUCCCCCUGUUUCCUACUUGCCCUUUCUUCAAGAGGCGCUUAGCUUGCCUGAAGAUACCGAAAAGUUCUGGGAAAUUCAUUUUAGAGGAUACUCACCUUUCAAUCUCUUCACAAAACCGCCAAGGAUUCAGAGCUCUCAGGACAUCUGCUUCGGACUGGUGAUGAAUGGCCGUAGUCUGGAUAUCGAAGGUCUGGACAGGCUAGUUGCACCUUGCUUUAACACGAUUCCUGUCAGGCAUGAUAUUUCUACCUUUUCCCGCAGCAUUGACCUCGCCAAGUCUUUCCAAAGUCUAAAUUCUGAUUUCCAACCGUUUCAAUUCUCGCCUCUGAGGUCCAUUCAGAAGCUCGUUACAAAGGAAGGCUUGGGGUUGUUUGAUACGUUGUUGCUUCUUCAAAAUCCAUCGCAAGACAUGGACGCUGGUCUAUGGUCUCUAGAAGAAGAUUAUGGCGAGAUGGAUAUUCCAAUCGUCUGCGAAGUUAUUCCUCGCCAAAAUCUGAACGCGCUGGAUGUCAGCAUGCAUUAUGAGAAGAGCGCAGUGAGCGCAGAUCUUGCAUUGGUAUUUACCGAGAUCUUCAAACUGUUUUUCCGAACUAUUUUAGAUCACCCUUCGUCAGCUAUGCCGAGUAAAAACGAUGUACAACCUUUUCAUUUAUCCAUUCUAGAUGAGAUCAACGUCAGAAGAAACACGCGUAUAACCCCGGUAGAAGAUUACCAGAGCGAUGCGGAAUGGACGGAACUGCAGACGAAAAUUCGCCAAGUUCUUUCAAGUCUUUCAGCAACUCCGAUUCAAAAGAUUCGCCAUGAAACAAGUAUAUUCCAACUUGGACUGGACAGCAUCAAUGCAGUUCAAGUAGCUUCUAUGCUUCGUAAGGAGGGCCUUGCGGUGUCUGCUUCCGAUGUCAUUGAGUGCCAAAAUUGUGUUCGAUUGGCGGAUAGGAUAUCUGAAGCCAUCAACGGUGACAAAGUGGCGUCUGGAUAUGACUUUGACACAUUUUCGAAGGGUGUGUCUGCUCAAUUGGGGCACACAAUAUCGGAUAUUGCUGCCGUGGAAGCCAUUCUUCCUUGUACUCCUCUCCAGAGCGCCAUGCUUGCUUCUUUUGAUCAGUCUCAAGGGAAGAAUUAUCUAAAUCUUUUGUCCUAUGAAGUCGAAAAUACUAUCUCAAAGGAUGAUUUGACUAGAGCUUGGAAGUCUCUUCGAGAUCGACAUCCAAUGCUUCGUACCGGAUUUGUUGCGAUUCAGAACCGGCAUAGCUCGUAUGCAAUGCUAAGAUAUCCCUCUGGGUCGGAAACACUUGAUUUGACGAAUUCUGUAUCUGAUUUGGCAUCGGACGGUGACUUAUUCAGAUGGAAAGCGGAGCAAUCGACUUUGAUCUUGAAUAACUUACACUUACCGCCUUGGAGAGUUGUGCUGGCGGAGGCUGAGGGCAAACUGACCAUGAACAUCCUGAUACAUCACGCUCUCUAUGAUGCGCAUUCGCUGGGCCAGAUACUAGAGCUUCUAUCUGAGCUCCUAGAAAGACCAAGUGCCACUUUUAUCCAACCCAUAGAGCCUGCGCUGGCAGAGAUUCUAUCCAAAAGCAUCAGUCAUCAAAGCGAUGCGCAGGAUUUCUGGCAAAGCAAAGCUGAAACCACAGUGGUGAACACUUUUCCCGUCAUGACACCGCUCCGAGAAGAUACAAGAAAUAUGAUUUCACAUGAAAUCAAGUCUAAUAUGGCGCUGUCAACCUUGCAGAUGUUGGCUAAGCAGCAAAAUGUAUCGGUCCAGGCAAUUAUUCAAGCGGCGUGGACGAGAAUUCUCGCUGCAUACUUGGGCGAGGACUCUGUCGUGUUUGGAGUAACUUUAUCGGGCCGGAGUCUAGAUGAGACGAGGGAUGCACCAUUCCCUUGUAUGAACACGAUUCCUGUUGUUGCUUCGAAUCUACCGUCGAAUGCUCAAUUGGCCCGCUCAAUGAUGGAGUACAAUAUCGACGCACAUAGGCACCAGUAUGCUCCUCUAUCUCAGAUCCAGAAGUGGCUGGGUCAUCCUGCAAGACCUGUAUUCGAUACGAUUCUGGUUUACCAAAAGUUGGAUAAUGAGCCUUCUGACGCUCGGCGCUGGAAGCUUGUUGGCGACUAUGCGACUGUCGACUAUCCGGUGUCUCUAGAGGUCAAACCCAUGAGUAGUGAUGAGAUUCGACUUUGCAUCACCUUUUUCAGCGACGUUUUGCCAGAGGAACAGGCGGACUUGUUGGUCAGACAGUUUGACGCGAUGAUGAUUCACAUUGCUACUGAGCCUGAAGCUGAUGAAGAUGGCAUCUACCAAUCGAAGCCUGAUCUAUUUUCCAUAACUCCCACUGUAUCGCUAGAACUGCCUGCGCCUGUGCGAUUUUUGCACCAUUUCGUGGAAGAGAGAGCUUUGUCUCACCCGCAUGCUACUGCUCUUGAAUUUGUCGCAAAAUUUGAAGGCUCACGGCCUGUGAAGCAGGUGUGGUCUUACGCUGAAUUUGAUGAGAUGGGUAAUAGAGUGGCCAACUUGCUGAGUGGCAUUGCGGCCGUUGGAAGCAUUGUUGCAAUUCACUUUGAAAAAUGCCCAGAGGCCUACUUUUCCAUCCUUGGGAUAUUGAAAGCUGGCUGCGCUUUUGUAGCGCUGGACCCCAGUGCUCCCAACGAUCGGAAGGAGUUUAUUCUGAGAGACUCCAUGGCACCUUGUCUUCUCAAGACCUCUGGAAGUGAAAUCGGGUUUGAUACAGACGCAGAGAUUAUUAACGUUGAUUUGGAAUCUAUACAGCAUUUGUCUGCCGAGAAGCGGGAAUUGGAUCCGCAAAUCACACCGGAUACGACGUGUUAUUGUUUGUAUACUUCAGGCACAACAGGAACGCCAAAAGGAUGCGAGAUUACGCAUGACAAUAGCGUGCAGGCAAUGAUGGCCUUCCAAGAAUUGUUCAAAGGGCAUUGGAGCGAUGACUCUAGAUGGCUGCAGUUUGCUGCCCUCCACUUUGAUGUCUCGGUGUUGGAACAAUACUGGAGUUGGUCGGUCGGCAUAACCGUUGUUGCAGCACCGAGAGACCUCAUUCUCGAUGACUUGAUUGCGUCAAUCAAUAAUCUCGAGAUUACGCACAUUGAUCUGACGCCGAGUUUAGCUCGCCUUACACAUCCAGAUGAAGUGCCGGGUUUGUGCAAAGGAGUCUUCAUCACUGGCGGCGAGCAGCUCAAGCAAGAAAUCCUAGAUGCCUGGGGCCCAAAGUCUGUCAUCUACAAUGCCUAUGGCCCAACGGAAGCGACAAUUGGUGUGACCAUGUACCAGAGAGUUCCCAUCAACGGACGGCCGAGCAAUAUUGGUCAACAAUUUCCUAAUGUCGGAUCUUACGUAUUCCGCAAGGGGACAGAAAUUCCCGUGCUGCGUGGUGCUGUUGGAGAACUCUGCGUCUCUGGAAGGCUCGUUGGUAAAGGUUACCUCAACCGCGAGGAACUUACUAAAGAGAGGUUUCCUACGCUUUCAGAAUUUGGCGAGAGAAUCUAUCGGACGGGUGAUCUCGUGCGCAUCCUUCAUGACGGCUGCUUUGACUUUCUUGGACGAGCGGACGAUCAAGUCAAGCUCCGUGGGCAGCGUUUGGAGAUUGGUGAGAUUAAUCACGUCAUUCGCACUGGUGUUUCGGAGGUUAAGGAUGCUGCAACAAUUGUCAUCAAGCAUGCAUCCAGCGGCAAAGAUGUCUUGGUGUCGUUCCUGGUUGGCGAGCAACAGCCCAAGGCAGUCCUGGCUCCGCUGACAGAUGAUGAUAAUCUCGGCAUGAAGGCCAAAGAGACAUGCCGAGCAAAGCUUCCGGGAUACAUGAUUCCUACAUAUUUCUUGAUAUUGCCAUUUAUACCACUCUCUCCCAAUAACAAGGUCGAGGCUAAGGAGCUGAAGAAACUGUUCAAUGGCCUGUCGCAUGAGCAGCUGAUGGACUUGACCGCGUCGAAGGCAUCGGUUCAGUCUAUUAAUAGCGAAGAGAGCCAAAAAAUAGUCAAAGUCAUAUCCGGCUUUACUGGCAUAGAUCUGGACAACAUUGAUGGAGAUACAAGUAUCUUUGAUCUUGGAGUAGAUUCCAUCAGCGCUUUACAGCUAUCGGCAGCAUUCAAGAAUCACGGAUUUGCAGCAUGCUCGCCUGCUACUCUGCUGCAAAAUCCGGUCAUCACAGACUUGAUCACGGCUCUGUAUGAGAAAAUUUCUAUCUCGCAAAAAGAUAGCCGCGUGAAAGAAUCACAGCAGUUGAUUCAGGCAUAUCAUCACAGAUAUCGGGCGUUUGUCUGUAGCGUUCUUGGUAUCCCAGGAGACGAUAUAGAGUACAUUGCGCCUUGCUCUGCUCUCCAGCAGGGUAUCAUCUCAAAAUCGAUUACGGAUGAAGUUCGUGGCACAUAUUUCAACUCUUUUGUGUUUCAUCUUAGUAGCGACAUUGUGGACGAACAGUUGAAGGCUGCUUGGACCCAACUAGUCGCAUCUCAAGCGAUUUUGCGAACGGCGUUUAUUAAAACUGCAGAAGGCUACAUCCAAGUUGCGCUGAAAGCUCCAAAUUUGCGCUGGAUCGAAGAGGUUGUGAGAGAUGACGAGAAGGCAUUCCUGGAUAGCCAUUGGGAAGAAUGGGUGCAACGAAAUAGUGAACAUGUUAUCACUCCAGUUGAGGUGUUCUUAGUGAGGGGUCCGGGAUUCAAGAAACUUGUUAUUCACAUCUUCCACGCAGUAUACGAUGGAAGCAGUUUCGAGUUGAUGUUACGGCAGCUACAAGCUUCUUAUACUGGGAAGUCUAUUACCUCGUCUUCACCAUCGUUCAUAGACGCGUUGUCUCACGGUCCGUUGUGGCGGCACGACAAUUGCCGCGAAUUCUGGCAAACUCAUCUUCUUGAUUGGGAUAGUUCCUCAGCUCUUCAACUUUCUUCCGCCCAUAACGAAGCAGCCUCUCAAAUACGAGUUAUUGACGGGGCUGCACUGGAGAGCAUCCGAAAGAAGCACAAAGUCACUUUACAACCGGUCAUAAUGGCAUUGUGGACGUCUGUGCUUCAAAAACAUUUCUCUUGGGGGUUAACAACCGGUGUCAUUGUUUCAGGGAGAUCAAUUGAUCUUGCUGGUAUCGAAAAUACAAUAGGACCGCUCUUCAACACACUGCCAUUUUUCAACAAGACGCUGAGUGGCCACUCGUGGACGUCGCUCAUCCGCAAAUGUAGCGAUUUCAGCACAGCAAUUUUGCCCUUUCAACAUGUACCGCUCAAAAGCAUACAGAAAUGGUGUUCUGGCGGGCGCCAACUAUUCAACAACCUCUUUGUAUUUGAGGUGGAGCAGCAGGUGGCGGAUGAACUUGAGCUAUGGAGAAUCGAAGAUGGACCUCUCAAUCCUGAUUACCCACUGGCGCUGGAAGCGAAAAAGCUGCUGAAUGGUGAUGUUCAGCUGACUCUAGUUACACAGGGGCAUGUAGCAGAUGCUUCAAUGCUACGGGAAAUGUUGGACGAGGUUGAAGAGAAUCUGGCCCUCAUGUCGACGGAUGCGCCACUUCCUCAGCCUACAGGAAAUGGCGUCGCAGUAUCAGCAAAACAGAAUGGGUUUGCCCAUUCAAAUACUGAAACUCAUAAGCAGCAGCUUGAGUGGAGUGAGCAAGCGCUUCGAAUCAGAGAUGAGAUUGCUUCGCUUUCUGGUGUUGACGCUCUUGAAAUCUCGAUGGCAAGUACAAUUCUCGAGCUUGGCCUGGAUAGCAUUGAUGUCAUCCAACUGUCUGCCAAACUCAAACAGAAGGGUAUAUCGCUUUCCGCUUCUUCAAUCAUGCAUCAGCAGACUAUUGCGAAAAUGGCACCUUGUAUCGAAGCCCAGUCAUCCACUGAGUUACCCAGUUCGGCUGCAAAUGAGAGAUUCUAUAGUAUUGAACAGAAACUAUGGGCUUAUGCCCGAAAUUCUGGGCUGGAUAUGAAUGACAUAGAGGCCGUGCUACCACCGACUCCUCUCCAAGAAUCUAUGGCUGCCGGAAUGAUACAUUCUGACUUUGAGUGGUAUUUCAAUCAUGAUCUGUUGGAAAUAAGAGCCGGAGUCGAUAUGGGGAAGCUUCAAGAAGCGUUUGUUCAAGUUGUCACUCAGUCGCCUAUUCUUCGAACUGGAUUUCUGGAAGUGGAUGAUUUACAGCUCGAUAUGGGAUACUGCCAGAUUGUACAUAAGCGCUGGAACAAUGAGAUUGAGCAUGUCGAGGUGGAAGACCUGGUCGAAGUUGGCAAUCUCAUUGAGAAUGCAAAGGAAACCUCCAAAAGACAUGACGGCACUGAUGCUCUCUUCCAGCUCAAGUUUAUGAGUUGUAAAGAGCGGACAUUUGUUCUCAUUUCAAUCGCACAUGCACUGUAUGACGGGUGGUCUCUGAGUCUUCUUUAUCAGGAUCUCGAAAUGGCAUUGUACGGAAAGCUUCAAAUGAGAACAUCUGCGAACCCGUUUCUUCAAAGAGUACUCACCUCAGCUACAGAAGAAGGCAAUCGAUUUUGGGCUGCGUAUCUCGAUGGUGUUGCGCCCUCGACUCUUCCAGAGCUACCCAAAGAUAGCCAAGACAAGCUGCAUCGGAUGGAAUAUUCUUCUAAAAAGUCUGCGGGUGAUAUCCUAUCAUUCUGCAAGAAACAGGGCAUCAGUCUGCAAGUAUUGUGCCAAGCCUGCUGGGCUCUUGUUCUGGCUCAUCGGGUGAAAGCCCUUGAUGUCACUUUCGGCGUCGUAAUGUCUGGACGAGAUUUUGAAGGGGCUGAAGAUUUAAUGUUUCCUACGAUCAACACUGUGCCUCUUAGGUGUAUCCUUUAUGGAAGCUCUGUAUCAUUUUUGAGAUACCUUGAGGCCAACAUGGCGGAUAUCCGGGCUCAUCAAGCGUAUCCGCUAAGGAAGAUUCAAAGUACGAUACAGCUGUCAAGCGGCGAACUGUUCAAUACGCUUUUCAUGCUUCAAAAGUCUCCAUACAGCUCGUCUGAAGAACCGCUGCUGAGAUCUGUUGACGGUGCAUCGGCAGUUGACUACCCUGUCAGCGUUGAGGCCGAGGUUGUGGAUGAUGUUCUUGUCUGGCGGACAGCUUGUCAGUCCAGAUACGUUUCUGAAGACGGCGUUGGAAAAUUGCUCGAUGAUUUGAACCAUGUUCUCGAGUUUCUGACGGGCUCGGAUGAACCCGAGAUUCUCUCCUUCCAGGAUAACGGUGUUUCGAUCGGUGGGCUGCCAGUUAUCUACGUCCCUACAACAGAGCAUAUUGUUCAGAAUGGUAACGGCGAAGACAGAAAUGAAUUUACGGAUCACAGCCACGAACUUGACGAAACUACUUUCGCGAUUCGGAAAGUACUCAGCUACGUGUCAGAUAUUCCAGAAGACUCCAUCAGACCCGAGAGCAGCCUUUACCACCUGGGCCUGGACUCUAUUAGUGCAAUCAAGGUAUCGUCUCUCUUGCGCAAAGAGGGCAUAUAUCUUAACCCCAGAGAUCUCAUCAGAUCCACGAGCAUCAGCCAAAUGGGUCGACUUGCUACUCCUCUCUUAGUAAACGGCGAUCGACCCAAGCCCAAAGAAUUGGCGUGGACUCCUGCGGAAGAUGUUGACGUUGAAACACUUUUUGCUGGCGCUCACGUCUCGAAAGAAGAUGUUGAGGCUGUAUUACCGGCGCUGCCUAUGCAAGUCUACAUGAUUAGCGCUUGGCAAAACGCAGAGGGCAGCGUCUUUUAUCCGGAGUUUAGGUACAUUAUCAAGGGAGCCGUUAGUGAGGAGGAAGUGCUUUUGGCCUGGCAACGUUUGGUCGCUCAAACACCAACCCUACGGACGGUCUUCAUUGCGACUAACUCGCCUCAGCAGCCGUUCUUGCAGGUUGUGCUCAAGGCUUGCCAUCAACCUGCUGAUGGUACUGCAGCCAAACCGAUGUGCCAACUUCAUGUCGCCGAGCUAGAAGGAGAAAGUGGCAGCCAGAUAGCCAUCAGGCUGAAAAUUCACCACGCUCUCUAUGAUGGAGUUAGCAUUCAAGAAAUACUGCAUCGGCUGUCAAGGCUUAUUGGAGGGGAAAUAUUUGAACACGAAGAGGAUGUUGGAGAGUGGUCCCGAUAUGCUGUUCAACCAACGCUGGAGGACUCUCGACAAUCGCGCAGAGCCUUUUGGACGGCAUAUCUGAGUGGCUGCUCAACAGACGGCGACGAUUCAGCCCCAGUUAUGGCAGGCAAACGACGAGUAUCGCAUCUACAGCAAUCCGCAGUAUCGGAUAUCACACACCUCCUUACAGCGGCCAAAGAAAUGGGCAUCAGCUUGCAAGCAAUCUUCUUCGCCGCAUACGCCAUAACGCUUGCACUAGAGAAUGGUGUAGAUAUAGACGGCGAAGGCAAAAAGACCGUCAUAUUCGGCAUCUACCUUGCGAAUCGAUCUGAUGAGGCUCUUCCGCCGAUAUACCCCACGCUUAACCUUGUUCCUUUGAGAGUUGAAGUGGCGCGCAGCGACUCUCUUCUAGAAGUUGCUAGUGCUAUACAAGACGAUAUCCACCUUGUAUAUAUAGAGGGUCGUGCCGAUGUGGGUUUGUGGGAGGUGGCCGCGUGGACGGGCGUGAGGGUGACUUCGUUUGUCAAUUUUCUUAGCCUCCCUGGUGCUUUGUCUGAGAGACCAAAUGGAGACUCGGAUGAUGUUGAGCUUGUACCACUACAAAGAGAAGAUGAUGUUUUAGGACCUUUGGUGGAUGGCAACGAUAAAGAGGCGAUUUCUCAUUCUUGCAUAUUGAACAACUCGGUUAGAGAUGCAUUCCCAGCCGCAAUAGAUAUCGAAGCCUCUAUACAAGGAAAGAGUUUAGACAUUGGCGUAUUUGGAUCUCAACAACGGCUAUCAGACAAGGGAGCCACAGAGCUAGUCGCGAGUAUUAUCUCUCACUUGGCGCAGAUAGGUGAUGGGGACGAUGUAGAGAUGACAGCGUGGGCUUCGUUUUGGGAAAUUAGAAGUAUUAGGUAGGAACGGUGGUUUGCUGGCCAUGUAAAUGGAUGAUAUGUAUACUAGAGGAAGCAAAUUUAGUAGAGCAUAUAUUUUAGUCGAAUCCAUUGAACGCCGUAUAGUUUGUUAGCAAGAGGGAAAA